AUGGGAACAAAGGUUCACUGUGAAAGCUUAAUUGGUGGAUAUCAUCACUCUAUGAGAGAUCUCAACAAAGAUUGUAGAUGGCCAUUGUUGUAUAGUGACAAUAAAACCUCGGCGAAUGAUCAAUCCUACAAUGGCUUCCCGUCACAGACUACAUUUGACUGUGACAAAGAUGUGGUGAGAAGGACAAUGCUCGAGCACGAAGCUGUUUUUAAGACUCAGGUUUUGGAACUUCACCGGGUGUACAGGAUACAGAAGGAUAUGAUGGAUGAUCUCAAAAUGAAACAGCUGAACAAAGAAUGGGGUCCGAAUCCGAUUGAGGCAUCGUUUACGUCUCAAGCUGCUACGAAUGAUGAUUUCCGUAGAUGGAAAGUCCCUAGUUUCCCUUUGGCAAACUCGGUUUACGAUAGACCGUCCAUGUCGGUGGUUGAGGAUAAUGGACAUUCUCCUAUGAAAAGAAGCAACUCUCAAGGGCUUGGUGGUGGUCAGAUUCAGUGGCAGAAUGGAGCCAGUUCCAAGAAUGUUGAAAUGUCUGCGGAGGUUAGACCGAAUAAAAUCAGGAAGAAGAUGAUAGAUCUCUGUCUUCCAGCUGAUGAGUAUAUUGAUGAGAAUGAAGAUGUUGUAGAGUUGAGAGAUCACAGGGCUUGUGGCACUUCGAGUCAGCUUCCUAAUGGAGAUGUGAAGACAGAGCCUCGAGGAGAUGGUCUGAGAAUUGGGUAUGGUUUGAGUGGUAGAAGCAAUGGCUUGGCUGAUUUGAACGAACCGUUUGAGGCUCAAGAAACAACUGGAGGAUUUGCUUAUGGCCAAUCUCGUGACAUGCGUAAUGGCGAAUUUCAAGGACACAUUCGUGACUACGGAAAAGCUCUGAACUCAGUCUCAGGAAGUGUAAGAGAGCAUGUUCCUCAUGUUACCUCUCUGCAUCCAGAUGAGAAUGGUAAACCGAAAGUUUGGCCACAUCAGCCCUUAAGAAUUGAUCAUUACAGUGGCACACAUAAACCUGCUACUCCGUUUCUUCAACCGGCCAGGCCAAUGGAUUCAUCGUCUCAGCCUAUGCCAGUUUUGAUGAACAGCUCACAAAGAGUAAUGGGUUUACCUAAUUCUGGUCCUCCUCCAAGCAAGGCAGUCUUGUGGAGAGAAAGAACGUUUAUUGAUCUAGAAGCUGAUACAGAUACCAAUAGUAGUCAUGAAGUCAUCAAUGAAACAAGUUUGGCUUCUCAACAACCGCGUCACUUGUAUCCAUAUAAUCCUCUAGAUUCCCCUGUACCGUGGAAUCAUUUUCAUUCUUCUUGGCAACAUCCGAACUUUGGCUUCCCGCAGAAAGUUGCUCCAGCGCAGAGGUACCCGGUUCUAAACCUGUCUGAUACACUGAGUGGUAAUGCUCAGAAGCAAGGUUGUAUUGGAGAGAGAUUACAGUUUGAAAGCAACUCUAGAUAUAACUCAGGGUUUGGGAAUACAAGUCGGUCGAAUCACAACAUGUUUUACAACGAGUGUUCCUCUUCGUCCAAAUCGAAAUUCUCUGGGACUGGCUAUAAUCAUCCAAACGUGGGAAGAAGUGAUUACAGCUCAGCGAAUCCAGUCAUGGAUUCAAAUGGCUCGGAGGUGAAGCUUGUGAGAAAUUUGAACUUAAACGUGACACUUUCAAACACUCCUGUUGUGGAUGUCAGAAAGGAUGAAGAACGUCUGGCUACUUUGCCAUGGCUUACCAAACCGAAGCCUGCUUGUAACUCUGAGAUUGCUGAUGGGAGAUGGAAUCUGAAUGAUGUUCCGAGUUCUUCUUUGAAACCAUUGGAUACCAAAGAUGAGGGAGGAGACAAAGUUCAGAAUCUUAUGUGGCUUGAGAGGUUAAAGUCUGGCUCUUGUUCCAGUAAACCGGUGACUGAGAAUGUCAAUGGUAACACGGAAAUUGCUGGAUUCGCUUAUAGAGAUCAGUCCAGUGCAGAAAAGGAUAAAGUCCGUAAAGUUUUGAUGUUAGACAUGAACGAACCGUGUGAUCCUCUUUCGGAUGAGGAUCAGCAAGCGGAGGAACACACUGAGACAAAGGUUUCGGGUAGUAAUAGGUGUCAGAUUGAUUUGAACAUGUCGUUUAGUGAAGAGGAAGAUGGAAAUUGCUCUGUUCCUACCAGUUCAAGACGGAAUUCAAAAGCUCCCAUGUUUGAUCUUGAAGCUGUUCCUGAGUCUGAUGAUGAGGAAGAAAAUGAUGUUGAUAUCUCUGUAACAAAACCAUUAGAAGAAACUCCUAUUGAGGAUACAACUCUGGAAAAACCGCCCGAGUAUGAGAAGAUGGCUGCAGAAACAAUACUUGCAUUCUCUUCAGCUUGCUUAGAUAGAGAGCUAGAAGUUGUUGCUUCUGCUCCAGAAACAAUCGUUCUUCACUGGUUUGCAGAGACAGUAGCUACACACAGAGAGAAUCUGGACCAGAAGCUGGCUUCUUUCUCGAGGAAUCAAGCGCGUUCCAUCGAAGAGAUUGAUUCCUUCGAGUCACUGACCUUGCAGCUACCUGAGAUCACAGAAGAUGAGUACAUGCCUAAGCCACUAGUCCCUGAAGACCUCAGAUUGGAGGAAACCACAGGAACCGGUAUGGUCACGAGCCAAAGACCAAGGAGAGGAAACGCGAGGAAAGGAAAACAGAGACGAGACUUCCAAAGAGACACCCUCCCUGGACUCGUGUCUCUCUCGAAACACGAAGUUACAGAAGACAUUCACAUGUUUGAUGGAUUCAUGAGAGCAACGGGAAGCUCAUGGACUCCAACCGGUUUAGCCAGGAAGAAAACCGGCGCAAGAGGAAGACCAAGACGUGUGGUUACAAUCCCUGAACCGGUCUAUUGCCCGGUUCCGGAUCCUUCUCACUUUGUUCAACAACAUGUGAGCAAUGGAGGCAACAAUGGUGAGGUUGAAAUGGGUUUAGAAGAUAGAAGCUUUGCAGGUUGGGGUAAAAUGACAAGAAGGCCGAGAAGACAACGAUGUCCUUCAACUGCAAUUAACCAACGUUCAUCACCAUCGCACGCGCCUUUCACGUGA